GUCGGACGUAGACGUGAACAUUAGAUAGCCACGGCCCACGCGCUGGGCGUUCAGUGACUGAACGCCAAGCGCGUAUCUUCUUCUUAACCCUCAUGUCACAUUGAAUGUAACAUGAAAUUUGACUGAGCAUACCUUGGGAUACUAUCCUCUCUUCGUGUUAUUCGUAUCUGAGCUUCAAUGUCUACAAGGCCUCCUCUUCACGGAAUUAAAGUCGUCGAGUUUGGAGGUCUUGCACCGGGACCAUUCGCCGGUCUUGUCCUUGCAGACUGGGGCGCCGAUGUCAUUAGAAUUGACCGCCCAAUCUCACAUCCAAACGAUAAGGUUACGGAAGAUGUUCUUGCGCGACACAAACGCUCAAUCGCUGUUGACACCAAGAUCCCGAGUGGACGCGCAGUUGUGAAAAGACUGGUAGAACGCGCGGACGUGCUUAUAGACCCAUUUCGACCUGGAGUCCUUGAAAGGUUAGGAUUGGGCCCGGAGGUCUUCUUGGGCGAGAAAGGCACCAACAAGAAACUAAUUUAUGCACGACUGAUCGGGUUCCCCCGUACAGGUCAGUACAGCAACCUCGCAGGACAUGAUUUGAAUUAUCUCGCUCUCAGUGGCGUCCUUUCCCUUCUGCCAGGUAGCCCGUCACGACCAACGUUCCCACUUAACAUUCUUGCCGACUUCGCUGGCGGUGGCCUCAUGUGUGCCUUAGGCAUAAUGAUUGCCCUCUUCGAACGAAGCAACAAUGGGGGUCUUGGGCAAGUUGUCGAUAAUGAUAUGGUUUCAGGUACAAGAUAUCUUUCAACCUUCCCACUCCUGGGAUCUUUCGCUCAUUCGCUGAUCCCGAGCCCGCUCUUCGCUGACCGUGAUGCUACAACUUCAACCCGGAUGCAGAACACACUUGACGAUGGAGCCCCCUUUUACGCCGUCUACACGUGUGCGGAUGGUAAAUGGAUGAGUGUGGCUUGUAUUGAGCCGAAGUUCUACAAGAUAUUCUUGGAGAAAUUCCUCGACGCUCUACCUUCAGAGUUUGUGCAGCAAAAGGGUUGGUGCCCGAAAGUUGAAGAACAGUUCGUUCGCACGAAAUGGCCUGCAAUGAAGCAGUUCUUUGAGGAAGGGUUCAAAUCGUUCGAUAGGCACUACUGGGCGGAAGUAUUUAAUGGGUCUGACUCGUGUGCAUUUCCAGUUCUAAGCCCUCGAGAAGCAUAUCUACUAGCUUCCACUGAUGCGGCACCGAAGGCUCAUCCUAACCUCUCUCGGACAACCCCCGUACCAUUGUCGACUAACUCAUCACACACCUACCUUCUUCGGCCAGGUGAACAUACAGACGAGAUCUUAGAAGAGAUCGGAAUAGGUAAAGAAGAGAAAAAGAAUCUGGCAAAGGAUGGUGCGCUGGGGAUAGUUCAGCUGGGGACGAAGUUAUGAGGCACAUUAUCUGGUAUGACGAUUCCAUUCUGCACCGCUCUGCAUGUAUACCACGGUUGCUAUCAUAUACCUAGCAUCCAUCUAGGUCGUGAAUAUACGGAUCGCAGCAUGAACGCUUCUGAUACUCCCACUUCUCAGGCUUCCACCCGGCAAUGGCAGGUUAUCAUGAAGGAACUUGACUAUCAUUUUCUUGACCGACAUGCGGAGACCAGAUGUAUGUUGGAUCACAAUAAUUCUCUCUUCGGGCUAGCACUGGUUUUUAGGUCCUUGGCUCUCUAAUGACCCGAUUGCGCUGCCAACCUAUCUGCCCAUGUCCACGCAAUCCAGCCUGCCUUUGUCUGACGUUGCCUCACUCAGCCACGAAAUCUCGACGUGCGUUGGAGGAUGCGAGAUUACCCCGUUUCUCAUGUAGAUCCUCUCGGCUUUCGACUCGCGUUACUUGUGAUUUUUUGAGUUUUGAUCUGGAAAAUCAGCGUCUUGCAAUACUGUAUCAGCUUCUGGCUUUGCGAUACCG